AUGUCGCCUAUGGUUAGAGUAGAAAGGCCUUGGAACAGAAAGAGUAUAUUGUCCAAGAAGUUAGUAGAUAAUGGCAAAGAUGAUAAAGACAAGAAAAACGUUACAAAAAGCAAGAGGCAUCGAAAAUUUAAUAGCAAAGUGCAUAUAAGAGUAAUCUUUGCAAAGAUAACAAUAUUAGUAGAACUUAUAACAGAUGAGCAGAGUAUAAAAAAAGGAAUGUAUAAGUCUAAGAGAAGCAGUAAUAAAAAAGCUUUCAGUAAGAUAGAUGAACUAAUAUCACCAGAAGAGUUCAAAGAGGCAAUCAGACUAUCCCCAAUAGGCAAAGCUACAGGUUCAUCUAUGCUGGCAAAUAAGAUUCUAAAAAAAUUGUCAGAAGUAGCAAAUGCAAACUUGUUGAAAAUUUACAAUACAGUAUUAAGAUUAUAA